AUGGCAUCAGCUUUCCGCUCCCUCUUCGCAGCAUCCUCCCGUUUUGGGGCUGCCUCACCACGGCUCCGUACCUCUAUCUAUCCUUCCUCUCAGUCCUCAAAACUCGCGACCAUUGCCAACGGUCGUAUCUUCUUCCGCUCAAAACAUGUUGACUACACACAAAAAUACGCCGAAAAGCUGAAGCGCAAGGCACAAGAGGAGGGUGUUUCGACCAUCGAGGAGUUGAAGGCAAAGGUGCUCCCAGUUACUCAGACGGCGUUCAAGAAUGUGCUGCCCCAGGAGCCCAAGGUUGAAGAGAGCAGGAGUGUAGAACAGCAGGGUCAGGAGAAGACCAAGGAUGCAUCAACCCCCACCGCUAACGCUACUGUCGAUCCUUCAAAAGCUUCGGAAUCUGGAAAUCCUUCACUGGACAAGAUCAUGAAGCUGGAGUUGGUUAAGGAUUUGAACGUAGAGGAUAUCGGCAAGAUCUGGAUUCAAAAGCACAUCGAUCAGGAGGACACCAUCUCGGCCGUCGUGCCUGCGGACACCUACAGAAAGAUGCUGGCUCGGUCCAAGGAAUACCCACUGUUCCUGCUGCCACUGUCCCACGGCGACGGCGUGGAGUUCUACUUGCUGCAGUUUUCUUUCCAUCAGGUGAUCUUCACCUCCUUGCUCGAAUACAAGACCCACGGAGAGAACGCCCGUCCCUUCUUGACCCUCACUCACUACCCAGAGCUGAUCGAUUCCAAGAAUAUCGUCCUCAUGAACGGAUCCAUCUCGACCGACCCCCGUAUCCUCACCCCGGACCAGGCCCAGAUCUUGACAUUCGGUCUGCAGCAGUACUAUGUCAGCGAUCACAAGGAGAAACUCCAGCUCUUGCACGACUUUCAUAAAAGACCCGAACAGUUUUCGCACGAAAAGUUGAUCGAGUUAACAGAGAUCUCUGGAUAA